CGCCGGGACGCCAUUUUCGGCGGCGGGGCCGGAGCCGGCGGGUCUUAGGGCGGCGGCUGCGAGGGAGCCGCGGGGACAGCGCGCGCGGACGGCCGAGGAUGCUGCGGGGCGGUCGCGCCGAAGCUCCUCGCCCGUGAUCGCGGCCUUGCGCCUGAGGCGGCCGAGGCGGCGGGCCCUGCGCUGUCCCACGCCGCGCACGCGCCCGCGGCCUCCGGAGCUGACAGCGCCAGCGCGCGGCCCGCGGGAGCAGCACGGUGAGUGCGCGGGCCCCGGCCUCACCCGCGCCCAUUCCCUGCCCUUUCUGUCCUGGCCGCCGCCGCACCCACGUCCCCUACAGGAUGCAUGACAGCAUGUCCACCAUGGUGCACGCGAAGGAGGACAGGCUGGAGAAGCUCACGCAGGACGAGAUCAUUUCCAAGACCAAGCAGGUGAUCCAGGGGCUGGAGGCUCUGAAGAAUGAGCACAAUUCCAUCUUGCAAAGUUUGCUGGAGACACUGAAGUGUCUGAAGAAAGAUGAGGAGAGUAACCUGGUGGAGGAGAAGUCGAACAUGAUCCGGAAGUCCCUGGAGAUGCUGGAGCUCGGCCUGAGCGAGGCACAGGUCAUGAUGGCGCUGUCCAACCACCUGAACGCCGUGGAGUCGGAGAAGCAGAAGCUGCGCGCACAGGUCCGCCGCCUCUGCCAGGAGAACCAGUGGCUGCGGGACGAGCUGGCAGGGACGCAGCAGAAGCUGCAGAAGAGCGAGCAGGCGGUGGCGCAGCUGGAGGAGGAGAAGAAGCACCUGGAGUUCAUGAACCAGCUGAAGAAAUACGACGACGACAUCUCUCCCUCCGAGGACAGAGACAGCGACCCCACCAAGGAGCCCCUGGACGACCUGUUCCCGAACGACGACGACGACCCCGGCCAAGGCAUCCAGCAGCAGCACAGCAGCGCCGCGGCCGCUGCCCAGCAGGGGGGCUACGAGAUCCCCGCGCGGCUGCGCACCCUGCACAACCUGGUCAUCCAGUACGCCUCGCAGGGCCGCUACGAGGUGGCCGUGCCGCUCUGCAAGCAGGCGCUCGAAGACCUGGAGAAGACGUCCGGCCACGACCACCCGGACGUGGCCACCAUGCUCAACAUCCUGGCCCUGGUGUACAGGGACCAGAAUAAGUACAAAGAUGCAGCGAAUCUACUGAACGACGCCUUGGCCAUCCGCGAAAAAACCCUGGGCAAAGAUCACCCUGCGGUGGCGGCGACGCUGAACAACCUCGCGGUGCUUUACGGCAAGAGGGGGAAGUACAAGGAGGCGGAGCCGCUGUGUAAGAGAGCCCUGGAGAUCAGAGAGAAGGUUUUGGGAAAGGACCACCCCGACGUGGCCAAGCAGCUGAACAACCUGGCGCUGCUGUGCCAGAACCAGGGCAAGUACGAGGAGGUGGAGUACUACUACCAGCGGGCCCUCGAGAUCUACCAGACGAAGCUGGGGCCCGACGACCCCAACGUGGCCAAGACCAAGAACAACCUGGCCUCCUGCUACCUGAAGCAAGGGAAGUUCAAGCAGGCGGAAACGCUGUACAAGGAGAUCCUCACCCGCGCGCACGAACGGGAGUUCGGGUCUGUUGACGAUGAGAACAAGCCCAUCUGGAUGCACGCGGAAGAGAGAGAGGAGUGCAAAGGAAAGCAGAAGGACGGGCCGUCGUUCGGCGAGUAUGGCGGCUGGUACAAAGCCUGCAAGGUCGACAGCCCCACGGUCACCACCACCCUGAAGAACCUCGGGGCGCUGUACCGGCGCCAGGGCAAGUUCGAGGCCGCGGAGACGCUGGAGGAAGCGGCCAUGAGGUCCCGCAAACAGGGCCUGGACACAGCGCACAAGCAGCGCGUGGCCGAAGUGCUGGGCGACCCCGAGAGCUCGGAGAAGCGCCGGAGCCGGGAGAGCCUGACCGCGGACACGGUCAAGUACGAGAGCGGCCCGGACGGAGGGGAGGAAGUGAGUAUGGGCGUAGAGUGGACCGGGGACGGCAUGGGGUCGCUGCGGCGCAGCGGCUCCUUCAGCAAACUCCGGGCCUCCAUCCGGCGCAGCAGCGAGAAGCUGGUGAGGAAGCUGAAGGGCGGAAGCUCCCGGGAGGCCGAGCCCAAGGACCCCGGCAUGAAGCGUGCCAGCUCUCUGAACGUCCUAAACGUGGGCGGCAAGGCGGCCGGAGACCAUUUCCAAGAACGAAAUAAUUGUCUAGCAGACUCGAGAGCCGUGAGUGCCAGCCACACGGACCUGGCCCACUGCGGGCCGAGGCCCAGCUAGCUGAGCCCCGCGUCCCCGGCGCCCGGGGCGAGGCCCCGCCCGCUCCCUUCUCUGGGGGCGACCUCCCCCACCGCAGAGGUCCGCCCGACUCUGUUGCGUGGUCUGCAGGCCUCGUGGCCGAGCGCUGCUGAAGCACGACCGUGCGGCUCGCCGGGCGUGGCGGCCCAGGGCGCACACAGGGCCCGGCAGCGCUUCAGCUUGGACUCAGCCGCCACUCACGGACACGUGCACUUUCUGCAUGACUCAAAGUCUAACUUAAGUUCAGUGUCAUUAAUGCGAUACUUAACAGGCUGUAGGGGAAUCUGGAACCUUAAACUCCAUCCUUGGAGAGUAGGCGCCCAGCGGCCUGGGGCAGGAAUGCUGGGGUGCAGGGGGAGAGGGUGGCGGGAGGAGUCCCUCGGGUGUGCUCCAGCGUGGGGCCCCCCCGCCCCCCUGGGCUCCCACGUCCACCCGUGGAGCCCUGGCCUGUGUGCCACGCCCACGGAGCCGUGCGCUUCAUUUCCGAAAAAGCUCUUCUUGUCCAGUUAAGUAACGCAGGAUGGGUUUUGGCAGGAACAUUUUUGCAUCAACCCCAGGGCCUGCUCCUCACGGGAACCUGCAGGCCCAGCCAGCAGGUGAAGGAAACAGUAAGCAGAUGAUGGAUUGAUUCCAGAUGACCACGUCUGGUGUGCGUACAAAGGGGCACAUGCCCGCCGGGAGCUCGGAGUCACUCUAGGCUGGAGGGCUCUGACACGCUGAGCGUCCUCGCGAAGGCCCCCAGGUGGGAGGUACUUCCCUCUAAUGCAGGGACACAGCGGUGUCCCAGCAGGGCUGGCUUUUGUCUUUCCCUGAGGGAUUUGGCUCAGGGGAGAGGGGGCGGGGAGCUCUCCGAGGUCCGCUCUGUGGUGCCUUGGAGGCCACGAGGGGACCUGGGGCUUCGUCACAGCAAGGCUGGACUUGAAACUUCUUCAGAAGCUCCGCACGGUUUAGUGGCGUUCCCUCGUGGCGCAGGCUUCUUGCUGGUGACAGUGCACUUUGGUCCCGGGGGGCUGGCCUCAGUUCUCCGGCUCCCCGCAGCCCAGCUGGUGGCUGCAUGCACUUGGCUCCUGACUCGUUAGAUCUCGCACGUUGGGAUGGGGGCUGACUUUCCCAGUCACAGAGUCUCCGUGGGUCGUAAGAAACUGCGGAAGGAGCAGUCAAGUGCCUGCAGGACCAGCGGCUCGGAAGCCCA